AUGCCAAAAUGGUUCAACUAUAGCUGGACUCAAGGUAUCCUUCCUUCAUCGCUCAAAUCAUUAUAUCUUGGAUACUAUUUCGACCAACCCCUUCUGCCAGGCAUGCUACCUACAUCUCUCACCUCAUUGGAGUUGGGACGCAAUUUCAAUCAGGAGCUUCCUCCAGGAGUACUGCCAGCCUCUCUCAAAGUACUCAUAUUUGAGAGGUACUGCCUAUUCAAUCGACCUCUGGUCCCAGGGUCACUACCUGACUCUCUGACAAGGCUAGAGAUUGGUGAAAACUUCAGUCAUCCAAUAAUUGCUGGAACUCUUCCGUCGUCCCUUACCACUCUAACAUUAGGAAUGACAAAGGAAGAUUCCUUGGUCCAAUCUGGUCAAUUACCAGACUCAAUUAACACCCUAUGUUUAGGACCUGGUUGGACAUCUGGUAGAAUUAAGUAUCCACAAUCUCUGACUUCAUUGAAAAUGUCAUUCUGGAGAGGCUCCUUCAACAAAGAGUAUCCAUUGCCUCCAACACUCCAAACAUUGGUGAUCAACAAUAACAAAACAAUCCCAAGUGGAACACUCCCCGAGUCUAUCACAUCAUUGGACCUAGGCUAUAGUCACGAGUCCGCACUGACUGAAGGAGUGCUACCAUCAAACAUCAAGAUGCUGAAGAUGGGCCAUCUUUACAAACUAAAGGCUAAAGAGACUGUGCUACCAGAUGGUCUAACUCAUCUCGAGAUUGAUCGUUACAGACAACUAACGUAUGUUCCAAAGAGACUGGAGUAUCUGCACAUUCAUGAGCAAUCCAAUGCCAAGUUUGGUGUGAAGUCUCUGUCGUCUCACAUUGGAACAUUGUCUCUGCGUGCUGAGGUACCAAAGUUGAAUCGACGAGGAAACAACAAUCGCCAGGCAGAGUUUAUGGAGUCGGUCGUGGCAUCCAUACCCAAUGUGAUAACGUACAAUGUUGUCUUUCAAUUGAGUAGAAACAAUCACAUCAGACAUAUAACAGUACAAUGUAGACAAGUUGAUAAUAGACAUGCAAUAUGUCUCGUUCGAUGUGGCUUGAAUUUAUAC